GGAGGGCGAGCAGGGGUGGGGGUGCGUGGCGAAUGAGACGCAGCUCGCGAGCGAGAGCGAGAGCGCGAGAGCGAGAGAGAGAUUAUAGUUGGAGAGAAAGCGGGGGAAGGGAACAGUGAUCCGUAUCGUAUGUGUGGGACCCCGGGGCCGGGAGUCAGCGGAGGAAGAUUGUGACAGGUCGGGUUGGGAAGCGGGCAGGCAGGCAGGGGAUGGACGGAGUGCAAGAGAGUUUUUGCUUGAUUGAUCUUGGAUUGUGCUGAGCUGAGCUGCAGUCCAAUCUGUUCAUGUCAAUCGCGACUGUUUUGUGUGAGUAAGAGACGAGCUGACGCCUGUAGAGGGGAGGCAGGCAGGGAGGGAGGGAGUGAGGGAGUGAGGGAAGGAAGGGUGGGGAGAGAAGCCGGGGUGUGCACGAGGAGGUGUAGAGAGAAGGCGGAGGAUGAUGGUUCGAAUGAAGUUCGCCUGCGAGGGCGCACUGGGAUGUGUUCAACCUUAGGUGAGUGAGUGAGCGAGUGAGUGCGCCGAAGCAAACGUUUCUCGCUCUGUCGUGGGGUUGGCCUGAAAUAAGCUCGAGGAAAAUGUGGAAAGUCUGGCUUGGCUGAGGAGCUUCAAAUUUGAAUGUUUUGCAUUCCUCUUUGUCCCUCUGGAUGGGUGGAGGAGCCUCCUUUUGACGCCUUUCGCCAGGACCUUGCUGCUGUACUUGAUCGUUCUUCUGAAGAGAUAGUUUGCUUGUUCACAGCGGGCCUUGUUUCGCCAAAGCUCAAGCGCUCUUUUUCAGCAGGAGUCAAAUUUCCAGUCGUCGUAGGGCUCUCGAACCUCAAGAAGCGACAUAAACAUGGCUCCUGGCGGACUUGCAUGUAGAAACGAGGAGUGCCCACGGGAAGAUUUGCGAAAGUCAAGGAAGGGAUUGAGGAACGACGCAUUACUGAUAGGAGGGAAUCGUAGGUCAUCACGAACUUGAUCACAUUAUUCGGCCCUGACUGAUACGGUGGUCCCUGGACUCGUCCCGCGAACUUGGGGGUCUUCGUAUCACCGUGUCAACCCUUAGUAAUCAUUGGCUCCUUCCGUCUAUCAGUUCGUAUGGAGUCCCUCAAAGAAUCAUCGCCGGCCAUCCUUUCCCAAAGAUUCUCUCCAAAACGUAGAGUUCCGAAGUACGAGCUGCGCCGCGAGCUGGGAUGGUUAUGGUUGGGAUUGCUACUGGUGUGGCCGACGACCAUUCUGGGUCAAAUUCGCAACGACUUCCAGGCACUUCAGAACUUCCGCAUGACGGCUGAUGUGACUGGUCAGCUCAGAGACUGGAUUGGACAGGAUCCUUGCUCUGGUCCCGAAUGGACAGGGGUGGUUUGCAAGAAUGGUCGAGUUUUUGAACUGAAAUUGGAGAGAUUGCAGCUCGCUGGGCCAAUCGAUGCUUUGAUAGAGCUGGAUCAGCUGCGUCUCCUCACUUUGAAAGACAACAAUCUUACUGGCACCAUUCCAGACUUUUCCAGUUGGAGAAAUAUGCAGCUGCUUUACUUGAAUGGAAACAAUUUUACAGGCCAGAUCCCUGCAACAGUUUCCAAUAUGCUGAGACUUGCCAGGAUAAAUCUGCAAGAUAAUCACCUCGAGGGAUUCAUUCCGAAUGUCUUUGAUAAUCUGACCAGACUUCAAACUCUGCGCCUCGAAAAUAAUGACUUAGUCGGACCUAUUCCUCCAAUAAAUAACUCAGGGAUCAAUGACUUUAGCGUCGCGGGCAACCAGUUAAGUGGUUCAAUUCCUUCCACUUUGAGUAGGUUCAGUCAAAACUCCUUUUCGGGAAAUGCUGCGUUGUGUGGAGAACCUUUAGCCUUAGCCUGUCCUCCAACCGUAGCUCCAGUCCAGCCUCCGACCGCAGACCCCAACACCGCACCUGGGGAAGCUCCUAUUCCUCCUCAUAGGAAAAAGGGUUCGAGACUGAGUACCGGGGAGAUAGUUGCUAUUGUGGUCGGAGAUGUGGUGGCAUUGCUGCUUAUUACCCUUGCCCUUCUCUUCUACUAUUGGCGAAGGUACUCUCGAAGAAACCAAGAAAAACCAGCGAAAGGAGGUGAUCUGGACAAAGGGGAAUUCUCAUCCGGCCAGUUUUCAACAGCACAGCUGCCGGAUUCGGAGAGGAGCAAGCUCGUUUUUCUCGAAGGAAGCAAGCACAUUUUUGAACUUGAGGAUCUUCUUCGAGCCUCUGCUGAAAUGCUCGGCAAAGGCAGCUUUGGAACUGCAUACAAAGCUGUACUGGAGGACGGUUCUGUGGUAGCAGUUAAGCGUUUGAAGGACGUGAGCACGAAUGGGAAGAAAGAGUUUGAGCAACAGAUGGAGCUGAUUGGCAAGCUGAAGCAUCCAAAUGUGGUGCCAUUGAGGGCUUACUACUACGCUAAAGGAGAGAAGCUUCUUGUUUAUGACUACCAGCAAAAUGGCAGUCUCUACUCUCUUCUCCAUGGAAAUCGAGGACCAGGUCGUACACCUUUGGACUGGGUAACACGAUUAAGAAUCGCCCUGGGAGCUGCACGAGGUCUAGCGUAUCUCCAUCAAGAGUGUGGCUCACAGAAGAUUCCUCACGGAAAUAUUAAAUCUUCGAACAUUUUACUCGACAAGGACUACAGCGCCUGCGUAUCUGAUUACGGUUUGGCUCUUUUGAUGACUUCUUCGGCUGCAACGACACGAAUGGCAGGCUAUCGUGCUCCAGAACAUGCCGAUACCAAACGUAUCUCACAGAGGGCUGAUGUGUACAGUUUUGGGGUGGUCCUGCUUGAACUUCUCACUGGGAAAGCACCGGUACCAGCGUACUCCAACGCAGCUCAAGAAGAGGGUAUUGAUUUGCCUCGCUGGGUACACUCAGUAGUACGUGAGGAAUGGACCGCAGAGGUUUUCGACAUCGAGCUCAUGCGGUACAGAAAUAUUGAGGAGGAAAUGGUGGGUCUACUACAGGUUGCUAUGGUUUGCGUCUCCCCAGCUCCAGAGCAGCGUCCUAAGAUGCCACAGGUGGUCAAGAUGAUCGAGGAGAUUCGACCGGAUCCAGCAUCAUCCAUGGACGAAGAAGGCUUCGACUCUUUGACUCAAUCUCCACUUUCGGACGAAGGGUGAAGAGUCUGUCAAGUCAGAAAUGGACGUCACGCGGGAUAUCUUGUGGGUCUCACAGUAGGGAACCGGAGAAUUGCACGUUUAGAAAUGAUACAUAAGCCAUGCUUCGCGUCGGCCUUAUCAGCUUGGGUUUGCUGUAGACCAGUCACAAACAGAACGCGUGUCGCCAUUAAAUCGUCAGGAGGUGAAGGUGCAGGGCCAACAUCGUUGCUCAAGGUUUUUGACUAAUGCAGUUGCAUCCUUCGAAUUGUCAUUACUGUGAGGGUUCAAUGGUCAACAAUGAUGACUACAGCACCACCGCAAGCAAACCAAGUUCUGUCUCUGUAAGUUGGCUGGCCAGUUCAGUAGCAGCAUUUGGUAUGUGAACCCAUGUUACUUGGGUCAAUUUUUUGAGCCAGUUACAACUGAAGCUUUUGUCAGGCAAAACAUACUCUGUUCUACAUGCUCAAAUGAGGAAAUGUUCUGGUGAACGCCAUUCUUGCAAUUAUAUUGUCCUGCUUAACAGGACACAAUUACAUCUUGCUUCGAAAGUCACAACCGUUAGCCAGAUUGGCAACGGUGCCUCAAAGAUCUUGGGUUGUAAGUAGGAUGUGCAUCCUAGCGUAGAGGUCAACUGCAAUAGAUCCGGUUGUGGUACUACCAUCACCGUUGUAAUUUGUUCCUAAAUGUCUGGUGGAUUACAUCUUAUAAUUGUUGAGGUAUAAUUUUUUGUUUGAACAUAAAUAAGCUCUACAUUCCAUCCUUCAGUGAUGUGAGUGGGUUUCAUUAGAGCCUAAGACCAGCAUAUCUGCCUGUGAUGUCCUUGUGGCUGGCAGUCAUGAGUAAUCCAAAGCGAGAACGCGGAGAUUUACGCAGUAUGUGCAAACCAUUGGAUACAAGCAGCAAGUGGGGGGCUGUAAAUAGUGUAGAGUCUG